AGAAUCCGAAGCAAUUCUCGGAGAAAUUGGCUCGGAUAUGCGGCCGUUGUCCGCAAACGGAAUGCUACUCGCCGAAUCCAGAACCCAGAAUGGUUUCUCGGAGUCAUCUCUACGCGGUUUAGGUCGUUUCUCGGAUCAUCUCCAAGAACCCAGAAUCGAUUGACAAUCGUGCGAAUUCCGUCGAUGAUUUGCUCAGCGUUGUGCCUGCGUCGCUUCGCCUUACCUUUCUUGCGCGGCGGAUCUAUCGCCGGAAUUCGACACGGAUCUAUUUCUAAGGCUUUCUUAGUCGCGCCUUCUCAGAUUUUCCCUUGGAUUCUGCAGUCUGAUGGGGAUAAAUUGAUAACAAUGCUGCUGGAUCAACAGCAAGUGGUUUCUCUUGAGGAAGAAUCCAUCGAGAGCUUGGAGAACCAUCAAGUGAGAUUUCUUGGUGAAGCAAUCGUUGUCAAGAAAGCUGAGACUGGAAUGAACAAGGCCCAGUUCUGGAAACUAGAGUCGAUGCCAAACUGCUGCAGCGAAAAUGAAAAUCGAUGGAAGAACUUCAAAGAUGAUGAGACGUACUCCAAGCCGAGGAGAAAUGCUCUCUUUGUUGAGCCUUCGCCGUUUUCUAGUACUGGAUUUGAGACUUUUACCAAUUAUAGAAUCCGGGUCAUAGUCGUUACGACACAUGAAGGUGUUCCCGAAGAGUUUUAUGGAGCCAAAGCCUGUGAAGAGCUCUUUAGCAAUCUGAUUUCUGGAAUUGCCAAGAUUGCAGUAGCUAGAGGAGGGCAGCCACUUGGGCUUCAGAGCGUAUUUAAGACUAGUUGUGAGAUUAUUGAAUCUGGCUGGGCCAAGGAUCGAGCUCUAGUGGACACAUUCAUUAUAGGGUUAGCUUCAGUUAUUCGUGAAAGAAAUGAUGAUAAAGAACAGGCUGAUAGAGAAAAGCAAGUGCGUCUGCUUGCUGAUCUCAAUGAGCUUGCAGUUGAUAGAUGGGGCCGUGUUAAAGUGGCGGAGGAGCCCACAUACAUCACCGUGAAGGAAGAUAACAAUCUUGAGCGUCGAAGCUUGUUAAUGCUCCUUGUGAUCAUUGCAUGGUUCAUUUUGUUGGGUGUGCAGGGAGAUGAAGAAUCAUCUUUCUGA